ACAUGGUCCUGCUGGGGUGGAUCUCGCUCAAUUCUUCUGUGGAGAUUCGUUCAAGAUCACAAUCACAGAAUUCAAAACAGCAUCAUGGUAACUUCCUUUGGAACCUGAUGGCUGUCCAUGGUUGAGAGAGUUAGCCAAGUAAAAUUGGGCAUACCUUAGAGCAACGAGAAAUGCUUCGUCCUCAAAUCACUCGGAUUAUGCUAGUGUUCACUGUUCAGUGGUCUUGUAGUUGGAACAUGCAGGCGCUAAAUAAAUUCAAAGUGUUCUUGUGGAGGUUAACCCAAACAGUUUACUUUUGAGGUGCAUUGUCAAAAGGAGUGGUGUUAAGCUAGACACAAUUUGCCUGACCUGCUGGAUGAUGGAUGAAGAUGGGGCUUAUUCCUUCUUCAAAUGCAAAGCAAUAAGAGCUUGCUCGCGACUUCUGCAGUUAGAAGAGCUGAGGUGCCAGGUAAUGUAGUUCAUAUCAGCAAGGAAGCUGUGCCGAUUUAAUGGGACAGGAAGCAGAAAAGCCAGUUUACCGAUUGAUUAUCAUGUUGAUGUGGUUGCCAAGGCAAGAAAUAGAAUGAACUCCAGAGAAAGAAUGGUAGGGGAAAAGUCUGCUUAUGAACCUAGAGCAGUAUGUUCACACAAACAGACAAGAUGGUCCCCACCACAGCAACUGGAGACCACAUAAUAAGACCUCACAAACAGAUUGCUAUCCAUUUUCUCUUCAAUUUUUGCUCAACUUCUCUUUCUCUCACCUUCUCUCCCUCUCCCCACCCCAGUCCCCACGCACAUAUUCAUCCACCCAAGGCUUCAUUGGCCAUGGCAACCAGCUAUAGCUCCAUGGCUAACCCUCCAUUUACCUCCAAAACUCCCUUUCCCAAUAGACAAGCCUCUAAUUGGAUGCCUACUACAAUCAGCAAUAGCGAUGGCACUGGUUGUAUGUUCAGCAUGGCAAGAAGAAAUUCAAGAAUCGGGUUCCAAGUUCAUGCUGUCACUGGAGACCAGGGCUCUCGCAAUGUGUCUGAUGUAAAGUUCCCAAGUGGUUACCCAGAACUCCUGAUGCAGGCUAAAGAAGCUGCUGAAUCAGCUGUUAAGGAUGGAAAGCAGCUACUGGAAAUCGAGUUCCCUACAGCUGGAUUACAAAGUGUGCCAGGUGAUGGCGAAGGAGGAAAUGAGAUGACUGGAAGCAUGCUUCUAAUUAGAGAAUUUUGUGACCGCUUUGUACCUGCAGAGAAAGCUACUAGAACCAGAGUAUUCUUUCCUGAGGCAAAUGAGGUUACUUUUGCAAGACAAUCAGCCUUUGAAGGAUGUUCACUGAAGCUAGAUUAUCUAAUAAAACCAUCCUUAUUUGAAGAUUUUGGUUUUACAACAAAAGUGAAAAUGGCAGACCGUGUCAAACCAGAAGACGAGUCAUUCCUUGUGGCUUAUCCUUACUUCAAUGUCAAUGAAAUGCUUGUGGUUGAAGAGCUUUACAAGGAAGCAGUUGUUGGGACCAACCGGAAAUUGAUAAUAUUCAAUGGAGAACUAGACCGAAUAAGAAGUGGAUACUACCCGUCAUUCUUCUACCCGAAACUUGCAGAGCUUUCCAAAACAUUUCUCCCAAAACUGGACACAGUUUACUAUAUUCACAAUUUCAAGGGAGUCAAAGGGGGAACGCUUUUCAGGUGCUACCCUGGACCUUGGAAGGUCCUGAGAAAAGCAACGUCUGGCAGCUACAUCUGCUUGCAUCAACAAGAGGAAAUGCCUUCGUUGAAGGAAGUGGCCCUCGACAUCCUUCCUUCCGUAUAGCUAGGAUCUGUCACAUAGUUACGUGUCAACAAUAAUGUUUACAAAAAGAAGUCAUGUACCUAUCUGGACAAUGCUUCGUGGCUGCUUUUUCUUUGGUUCGACAUAGGAAGGUAGAAAAGAAACCCAGAACGCUCAAAUCUAUAUUUUUCAACGGCUUUGGUUUAGACUUCUGCACUAAGAGAGUGGAAGGUGCUUACUUCUAAGUUGAACAUUGCCGCUAUCGAAUCAUGCCCAUUGAGCAUUGUGUUUUAUGUAGGGAGAUCGAGAACUACUGAACACAUCAUAUUUUCA